GGAGAGGCCCUGCUUUUUGCUCCAGUAAACUUUCAGUCUUUCCGGCACGGUCUGCUUGUGGAAUUACUACAACCUUGAACUGUCCCGAGCUCUGACUUGUGAGCGCUGGAGCCAUGUCGCACGAGAAGAGCUUCCUGGUGUCGGGAGACCCUUUUCCUCCGGAGCAGCAGCCCCCUGUCCCACCGGGCUACGUCCAGCCUCCCUACCCAACGGCCCCCUACCCGCAGCCGCCGUUCCAGCCUGCAGCCUAUGGCCAGCCUGGCUACCCCGCCGCGGGGCCCUACCCGCAGGGCCCGUACCCAGUUCAGGGACCCUACCCGCAGGGCCCGUACCCGCAAGGACCCUACCCGCAAGGGCCGUACGUCCAGCCACAUCCCAUCGGCCCUGAGGAUCAAGACUCCCCGCUGCACAGCAACUACCACGAGGACGGGCCUCCCUCCUACUAUGACAACCAGGAUUUCCCCACCACGAACUGGGAGGACAAGAACAUCCGCCAGGCCUUCAUCCGCAAGGUGUUCCUGGUGCUGACCCUCCAGCUGUCCGUCACCUUCGCCUUUGUGGCCAUCUUCACCUUUGUGAAGGGCGUGAAGGGCUUCGUGCGGCGGAACGUCUGGACUUACUACGUCUCCUACGUCAUCUUCUUCGUUUCGCUCAUCGUCCUCAGCUGCUGUGGGGAGUUCCGGCGGAAGCACCCCUGGAACCUGGUCGCCCUGUCCAUCUUGACCCUGUGCCUCUCCUACAUGGUGGGCAUGAUCGCCAGCUUCUACGACACGGAGGCCGUCAUCAUGGCGGUGGGCAUCACGGCGGCCGUCUGCUUCACGGUCGUCAUAUUCUCCCUGCAGACCAAGUAUGACUUCACCUCCUGCCGGGGGGUGCUCAUCGUCUGCCUGAUGGUGCUGCUGAUCUUCUCCAUCCUGUGCAUCUUCAUCCGGAACCGCAUCCUGGAGCUCGUCUACGCCUCCCUCGGAGCCCUCCUCUUUACCUGCUUCCUGGCAGUGGACACCCAGAUGAUCUUGGGGAACAAGCAGCUGGCCAUCAGCCCGGAGGAGUACGUCUUCGCGGCCCUCAACCUCUACACGGACAUUAUCAACAUCUUCCUGUACAUCUUGGCCAUCAUCGGGCGGGCCAAGGAGUAGAGCGCCUCCAGCGUAGAGCCCCUUGUCGUGGUUCUCCCCCAUCCCCUCCCCCCCGCCUGUGUUCGUGUUCCUCCUCCCGAUUCCUCAGGUGGUUCUUCUCUUCCUUGGCCCCCCUCCCCGUGUUGUGCUUCCGGGGCGAGAGGCCGUGAAGGGGCUCCUCGGGAGCAGGGGGCCGAGGGGCUGUCUCCCCGCCUGCCCCCGAGGAAUGCCCGGAGCGGAGCCCCGUCUCGCGGGAGCAGGGGGUGUCUGGGGGCGGGGGAAUGUAAAUACGCUGCUCUGGUCUGAGUUUUUUUCUUUUCCCUUUUUUGGUCCGGAAACGGAAAUAUUUAUUUUAUGUGUGGAGGGGUAUCCUCGUCCCGGCAUGCCCCCAUUCACCCACACACCCCGCCUGCCCCCAGAGAGUACGGAGCUCUUCUGGGCUCCUCUCCUGUUGCACUCAAAAGACAUUUCCUCUUGGCUGGGAAUGAGCUCUUUUCUCCUCCUCCUCCUCCCCGACCCCGACACUAGGAGGUCACGGUCUGCUUUGCCUUCCACAUCCCUGGGCGCUUGGAGGUCUGCCUGCGCACCCUCGGCCCUCGGUUCUGAACUCCACCCAAAAUAAUGGGGGGGGAGGGGGUUCCUCUUCCCCCUCCUCUAGUGGUAGGGCAGGCGCGCGGGGGGCAGAGGGGUUUUGCUCACCGGGGCCUCCAAGUCGUGGGUCCGCUGAAGUCUUUCGUGUGCUGAGGCAAAGUGUCGUAGCCUGGGAGGAGUCUCUUGCUGCCAGCGAGGUGCCCUGCACCUCUCCCUCCCCCCCUCCCCCCAUGCGGCUGGCUUUUGGGGGGGCUUUGGGGCUGCAGCAUGCUGGGCAGCCACAGCGGUGCCCCCGGGGCCUCUGCACUCAGCUGUAUCUAUAGGACGUCCGAAUAAAAGUGAGACUGUACCGGAAG